CACUUUUGAGAGCUUUGCUGUGAAACAACCUCUCACAUAUUGUCUCUCUGUUUCUCAAGCUGAGCUGCAGUGGCUGAAUGUACACUCUUGUUGUGUUUUCGUUGUCUUGAAUUUCAUUAUCAAACAUAUUGUUUCUUUUCUCCUGGCAUUGUUAGCUGUUUCUUCCCUUUGACACGGUUGGGCGCGCCGCAGUCUUGGUGUAUUCACUACCACGUAUAGCGCGCGCUGCCCUGCUCCCUCACCCCUCUCAUUUUACAGCUAAUUAGUUUUUGUAUCUCUGGGAAAGUUCAUUAGAGUGGACAAGAUGUCAAUCUUACCACAAGAGAUCCACACUGCUUUAUCGCAGUUGCUGUUGGGCCUUUCAACAGCCGACAAUCUCGUGCGCACACAAGCUGAGGAGCAGUUGAAUAAUGAGUGGGUUCAGGCACGCCCGGAUUUCUUGCUUAUGGGGCUGGCAGAACAAUUACAAGCUGCGGAGGAUACAAACACACGGUCUUUUGCAGCAGUUCUUUUUCGACGGAUAGCGGGACGAUCGGUAAAGGAUCCGAAUUCGGCUGAUACAAGGAGAUUAUUCUUCACCCUGGUGCCAGAACAGAGAUUGGCCAUUCGUCAGAAAUUGCUGCAAGCAUUAAACGGUGAAACAGUAUCUAGUGUGCGUAAUAAAGUUGGAGAUGCGGUGGCAGCUAUCGCCGAACAGUACUCUGAGAGCGGAGAGCCAUGGCCAGAGCUGCUUGGUGUUCUCUUCCAAGCAAGCCAAUCUUCUGAUACGGGCCUUCGCGAAUCGGCGUUCCGCAUAUUCUCCACCACACCACAAAUCAUUGAGAAGCAGCACGAAGAGACUGUCCUAGGUGUAUUCUCGAAAGGAUUCAAAGAUGAGCACAUUUCGGUCCGAAUCUCUGCGAUGGAAGCGUUUGCAUCUUUCUUCGGCUCCCUACAUAAAAAGUCUCAGCCUAAAUUCUUUUCUUUGGUGCCCGAUCUUUUGAAUAUUCUCCCUCCACUUAAAGAAGCAGAUGAAAGUGAGGAGCUGUCUAAGGCUUUCAUAGCCCUCAUAGAUAUUGCCGAGAUUUGUCCCAGGAUGUUCAAACCACUUUUCAAUAACCUGGUUAAGUUCAGUAUAAGUGUGAUUAGCGACAAGGAACUUUCAGACCAAGUCAGGCAAAAUGCACUGGAGCUUCUGGCAACAUUUGCUGAUUAUGCACCAACAAUGUGCAAGAAGGACGCGAACUAUGCGCAGGAUAUGGUGACUCAAUGCCUUAGUUUGAUGACUGAUGUUGGUCUCGAUGAUGAUGAUGCGUCCGAAUGGGGGGCUUCAGAAAAUCUUGAUCUUGAAGAGAGCGACAAGAAUCAUGUUGCUGGCGAGCAAUGCAUGGAUCGACUUGCCAAUAAACUAGGCGGACAGGUUAUUCUUCCUCCAACGUUCAGCUGGGUGCCAAGAAUGAUUUCAUCCUCCUCAUGGCGCGAUAGACAUGCCGCCCUGAUGGCUAUCUCCGCUAUUUCAGAGGGCUGUGGUGAUCUGAUGGUCGGUGAGCUGGAUCAAGUUCUUGCGCUUGUUGUUCCAACUCUACAGGACCAGCAUCCUCGCGUGAAAUUUGCAGGCUGCAAUGCUCUAGGACAAAUGAGCACUGAUUUCGCUGGUACUAUGCAAGAGAAGUAUCAUUCAGUGGUUCUUGGUUGCCUCAUCCCUUCUUUGAUGUCGGAACACCCACGAGUCCAAGCCCACGCCGCAGCUGCUCUGGUCAACUUCUGCGAGGAGGCGGAGCCCGCUAUUCUGGAGCCAUAUCUUGAACAGUUGCUAGGACAUCUCGUCCAACUGCUUCAAAGUCCGAAGAAGUUUGUUCAGGGGCAGGCUCUCUGCACAAUAGCCACCAUCGCUGACUCGGCGGAAAGCACAUUUGCCAAUUACUACGACAGACUUAUGCCAAUGUUGUUUAAUGUUCUAAGGGAAGAACAGUCUAAGGAGUACCGGGAAAUCCGAGCCAAGGCUAUGGAAUGUGCUACGUUGAUCGCAUUAGCUGUUGGCAAGGAAAAGAUGGGCCAAGAUGCCUUGACGCUGGCUCAAUUACUUGCCCAUAUCCAGCAAAAUAUAACUGAUGCGGAUGAUCCACAGUCAUCCUACCUCCUCCACUGCUGGGGUCGCAUGUGCCGUGUCCUAGGUCCCGAUUUUAUUCCAUAUCUUCCUGGCGUUAUGCCGCCUCUCCUUCAAGUCGCUGCUGCAAAGGCGGAUGUCCAAAUCCUCGAUGAUGAGACGCAAAUUCAGGAAGUCGAGCAGGAUGGAAAAUGGGAUCUACUCCCACUGAAGGAUAAAGUUAUUGGGAUUAAAACCAGUGUCCUUGAAGACAAGAAUAUGGCAAUUGACCUGAUCACCAUAUACGCCCAAGUCCUUGAAGCCGCUUUUGAGCCAUACGUUGUCGAACCGCUUGAAAAGAUUGCGAUACCCGGCCUUGCAUUCUUCUUCCACGAUCCUGUCAGGGUUUCUUGUGCCAAACUUAUUCCCCAUUUGUUGAAUUCAUAUAAGAAGGCCCAUGGCGACCGUUCACCAGAGUUUUUCCAGUUAUGGUCCAAAACUGCUGAGAAAAUUAUUGAGUGCCUCAGUGCAGAACCUGCAGUUGAUACCUUAGCGGAGAUGUUCCAGUGUUUCUAUGAAUCUGUGGAGAUUGCUGGCAAGAAUAGUUUGACGCAGGAUCACAUGCAGGCGUUUAUUGAGGCCACUAGAUCAACGCUCGAGGACUAUCAGAUCCGUGUGAAGAAGCGUAUGGAAGACAGGGCUGAAGCUGAGGAAGGGGACGACGAGACGCUUUCAUUUGACUACGAAGCCGAAGAGGACCAAAAUCUGCUGAGUGACAUGAACAAAGCUUUCCAUACAAUCUUCAAAAAUCACGGCGCAUCAUUUUUACCGGCCUGGGAACGCAUCCUUCCCUUCUAUGACGCCUUUGUUGUGACCUCUGAACCAACUCAGAGACAAUGGGCUCUUUGUGUGAUCGACGACGUCCUCGAAUUCUGCGGCGAGCGGUCUUGGAACUACAAAGAUCACAUCAUACAGCCAUUGAUAAAUGGAAUGCGAGACGACAACGCAGCCAACAGACAGGCUGCUUCAUAUGGUGUUGGAAUUGCAGCUCAAAAAGGUGGUAUCGCAUGGAGCGAAUUCGUAGCCGCCAGUAUCCCAACUCUAUUCCAAGUAACACAGCACAGAGAAGCUAGAGCCGAGGACCAUGUGUUUGCUACAGAAAAUGCUUGCGCCAGCAUUGCCAAAAUUCUACAUUUCAAUGCCAGCAAAGUGCAGAACCCACAGGAAGUGGCCGAGAAUUGGAUCAACACACUCCCAAUUCUAAACGACGAGGAGGCAGCUCCUUAUGGCUAUUCCUUCCUUGCACAGUUGAUUGAUCAACGAAACCCGGCCGUCUUCGCAAAUGCUGAAAAGGCAUUCACCUACGUUGUUCAGGCACUUGAUGCUGAGAGUAUUCAAGGUGCAGUUGCCAAUAGAAUUGUUGCUUCGGUGAAGCAACUCGUUGCGUCAACCAAUGUGAACGCGGAGCAGGUUCUAUCAAUCGUCAAACCCGAGAAACAGAUGAUUGUGCGCCGAUUCUUCCAAUGAUCCAUCGGCCAUUUUGAUGAAAGUCUUUAACAUUUUUUGACUCUGAUGCGAACGAAUCCCAAUGUUACCCCCAGUCUGCAUUUUUCGCCCUUCUAGCACCAUCCUCCUUUAAGCCCACCCCAUUAUUCUUGUUAUAUCAUGUCUACAUUUCCACCUCACCGAAAUUCCAAUUGGCCCAUGAUGUUUAGCCUCCCGAGUUAGAUAGAGCUCAUACUACCAAAUGACCGAAUUGCCUUCGACUGUUAUAUGAUGAUCCCGCCUGAAA